AUGGCAGAGCCCCCGCCCCUGCCCGCGCCUGACCUGGCCGGCGCUGCUGGCGCUGCCGCAGCCCCCGCGGUCCCCGCCUUCCUGGCAAAGAUCCGCGCAGCGCACAACACGCGCGCGCCGCCGCCCGCCCCGCCGUCGUUGGCACUCAGCGCGUCGUCGUCGCCGAGCAUCGCGAGCCCGCUCGCGUACGUGUCCGCGCCCGCCGCGCCCAACCCGCUCUACCUGCCCCCGCCGGCCGUGCCCGCCGUCGAGGAGGACCUCGUCCCGCCCGAGAACUUUGCGGCCGUCACCCCCGGCGUGUACAGAUGCGGCUUUCCAAAGAAGCGCAACUUCAAGUUUCUCGAGACGCUGCAGUUGAAGACCGUCCUUACCCUCGUGCUCGAAGACUACCCCGAGGCUAACCUCAAAUGGUGCCAGGAGCAGGACAUCCAGUUCAUGCAAUUCGGCAUCCCGGGCAACAAGGAGCCCUUUGACAACAUCCCAGAGGAUGUCAUCUGCUCGGCUCUAGUCGCAAUCCUCGACCGGCGCAACCACCCCGUGCUGAUCCACUGCAACAAGGGCAAGCACCGAACAGGCUGCCUCAUCGGCUGCAUCCGCCGUCUGCAGUCAUGGUCCCUCACAUCCAUCUUUGACGAGUACCGCCGGUUCUCGUCGCCCAAGUCGCGUGCCGUCGACCAGCAGUUCAUCGACCUCUUCUCCCUCGUGCCCGUCUGGGACGAGGUCAUGUCGCCCAAGGGCGGCGGACUCAUGAACCUCCCCCACUGGAAGAUGCUCGGCAUCCCCCUUCCCCUCCAGGCCGUGCUCGAGGCCGAGAGAGAACGCGAGCGCGAACGCGCAGAGCGCAAGGCACUCACCGGCACCGCCCGCAUCGAGCUCAUUGAAGCGCCGAGCCCAGUCCUCGCGGCAGGCAUCGCAGCGCGAUAG